CCGCCAUUUCGUGGCUCCUGUCCUGUCUCCUGUCACCGUUCAAUUUUCAACAAGUGCAUUGUGGACUGGACUUCGAAUGGACGAUAAUUUUUAACCAUUUGCGAAAUUUCUAUCAGUAUUUCAACAAUUACGCAUAAGUUAGGAAUUACAGCCGUUAUAUUUGUGAUAUGCCCUUUAGGAUAGAAGGAUACGCGCGUGUGAUUAGUGAAAAUUCGACAGAACGCCUCUAUAAGGGUCAUUAUAAAUGAACUUAUUUUAAACAACCGCAACUCCCGCAGAAAUAAUUAUAAGUUCGAAAAGAUUGUAUUAACAUGUUUUGGAAAUUUAACACUUCUUCGCCGCAAAUCGAGGCCCUGCUCUCCAAAGAGGAUGUUUCCUUGCAGGAAGUCAUGGACUCGGACGAUAUUAUAAACGAAUGUAGAGUGCAAAAUAAACUCUUAAUCGAUUUUCUCCAGAAGACGGAAGUAAUGGAAGAACUGGUGACCCUCAUCACCAAAGAACCCUCGAUCGUAUUAGAAGAAAGAACUAGAUUUAAAUAUCCGAACAUAGCUUGCGAAUUGCUCACCUGCGACGUCCCCGUGCUCAACGAGCGACUGGCCAGCGACGAAGUACUUUUGGAUAAGUUAUACAAGUUUCUGGAUUGCGAUCCGCCGUUGAAUCCCCUAUUGGCUUCCUAUUUUAGCAAAGUAAUGGGCGCCCUAAUCGCCAAGAAGACUGAGCAGAACUGGCUAUCCUAUCAGUUCACUUGCUUACAGGUGAUAGACUUUCUAAAGGCUAAAGACACGUUUAUAUCGUUGCUGCUCAAGCACAUCGGCAUCUCAGCCGUGAUGGAUCUCAUGCUCAAAUUGAUGACGCAAGUCGAAGGCGUCGAAAUGAACCAGAACAUAUUGAACUGGCUGGACAGCCAACGGGUCGUCCAAUCGUUGAUAUCCCUGCUGAAUCCGGAUGUGGACAGCGACAGACACUACAACGUCGCCCAAUUGCUCUGCGAUUUCAUCCGGAUAGCCAGAGACAACCAGAAGAAUUCGGUCGAACGGGUCGAUCCCGAUCCGUUGCUCAACACCUUGGAAUCAGCCGAAACGGUGUCCCUACUGUUGGACUCGAUGUUCACCAAAGGCGAGAGGAGCGAGAGCGCCAUCGUAGGAGGCAUCCAAGUACUACUCGCCUUGUUGGACAACAGCCAAACCGGCCUGACGAAGUUCAGCAGCACGCAGAACUUGUACGGCUCGAACAUCAACGACGAAUCGAGCGAUAGAGAGCUGAAACAGAAGAGCCUGUUGGGCAUCACUCAGGUGAUCAAGGAGCGCUUGAAGGACUUCCACGAUUUGCUCGUCGAUCCGCCCAAACAAGACGUAGUGGUGACCACGACGGGCGCUUUGAAUCCACCGUUGGGCAACACCCGUUUGCAAGUGACCAAGCUGUUCGCCGCUCUGAUAGCAUCGAACAACGACGAGCUGUUGAACAAAUUCGAGGCCAACGACACGUUCGCCGUACUGUUGGAUCUGUUCUUCCACUAUCAGUGGAACAAUUUCCUGCACGCGCAGGUCGAGAAUUGCCUUAUAGCCGCUUUGAGAAAUCGCUCGGCUUCGUCCGAUAGCGACGACAAAACCAAUGCCUUAACCAAACACUUGUUGACCAAGUGUAAUGUGAUCGAGAGAAUACUGAAAGCGUGGAAGGAAAACGACGAACAACAAUCGGAAAAGAAUGGUAUCCGUAAGGGUUACAUGGGCCAUUUGAUAAGCAUCAUGAAUAAAAUCGUGGAUUUGUGCAACGCCCCGUUGGGCCAGUACCUCAAAGACAACCUUCCCGACGUUGCCAAAUCUCUCGAAGAAUUCAAGGAGUCCACGCUGGCGGAAACCAACAAAACGCAGGAAUCCUUAUUGGGGGGCGCUCACCCGUACAAUUCCGACGACAACGACGAUUACGGCGACAACGCUUUCACGCAAUCGAACGCUUUACACCAACAGAUGUUCUUCCAAUACCAGAUGCAGAAUUUGACGUCGCAAUUCAUCGAAGGCUACAGCGGCUUCAACGACGACGCUUUCAACGACGGCGUCGAUACGUUACAGAAUAUCGAUCACAGGACCGACAUGCAUUUCGAUCUCACCGAAGGCGAUUUGGUGCAACAACAGGAGAUAUUCAAGCAGGUGUGCGCCCAAAGCAUCAAUACAUUAGACGAUGCGGACGAUCAGAUAUUCGAGGAACGUGAGAACACGUUCCAAACGGUUAUAGAAAAGAACGAUCGCAAUGAAACCGCUUACAGCAGCGACAGCGACGAGGAGGAAUUACCGACGAACGAUGAUAACAUGGAAGUCGAUCCUUGGACGUCUCCGAAGGGCGAAGAGGCGUCGUCGUCGUCGGCGUCGGGGGCGUCGUAUCGCGCCGGCGAUCCGUGGACGUCGUCGUUGAACGAGGACAACGCGAACAGCGGCGGCGGUUGGGCCGAUUUCAAUUCGGCCGAAUUCGACGCGCAUUUGCACAACUUCAGCCGGGCGACCAGCAUUAAUUUGAUCGACGGAAAGGGGACGGUCGAUGAGGCGGCGAGGGGCGAUGCGAAAUGCGCCGCCGGCGAUGGGGCGAAGGACGAGGGGACGAUCGGCGAUGCUGUCGAGUGUAUCGAACCGUCCAAAAAUAAAGAAGAAGCGUCCGCGGCGUUGGCGUCUUCGUCCGCGAUCGACGAAAAACCGGCGGAGAAUGUUUGAGCAAUCUCUCUCUCUCUCUCUGACAUAUCACAAUUUAUUGAAUUUGAAGAAGGAAACGUUUUUGAUCACAGAACAAUAAAAUGGCUGCCUGUCAAAACGGUGAUGACGUAUAUGUUAAUUUAAUAAUAGUUGAAAAAAAAAAGAAAAGGAAAAUUUGUACGCGCUGUUUCGCUGAGGAAUGUAAUCAAUAUUUUUAUUUAUACAUUUACAUAUUCGAUAUUUAUUAAGUGUAUUUAUUUUAUAUGUAGUGAUUUCGAUUUGAUGCCUGGAAAAGUAAUGAGAGUUUCGUCGAAAACGUGGCUGUAUUUUGUUGUAAUAUUUCACACAAUGUGGAUUCUUCCUUAAUUUGUAUUUGUAAGCACAAAAAAAGGCAGUUGUUGCUUUACUGCAGGGUUCCGAAUAGGAAAAAAAUGUAUUCCGUAUUUAUCUAGCAAUAUUAAGUAAAUUGUAUAUGAAAUACAUUUUUUUUAUUAACAUUAAUCGCUAAUCUAAUAUCCGGAUGUCUGUUAAAUGAAGCCUUUUAAAAGGUUCGAAGUAACGAAUAUUAGAUAAGUAGAUUAUUUAAGUAAAUUUGUCAAUUUUUAAUUAAUUUAUAUUGAUAGUAAUUAUUAAUUAAUUGCGACGCCAUCUGUACAUCAAAAACGAAAGCUUUGUUUAAUUGUAAUCGCGAGUUUCGAAAACUUCUUGGAAUUUUUCUAAUCUCGAAAUGUGCAAUAGAACAAUUUAGGUUAUUCGUUAAAGCACUUUUUCAUAGGCGGGUGUAGUUGGAAAGGCGAAUCAAUUAAAAUGUGAUAAUUUUAACGAAAAAAAAAUGUUUACUUAAACUCCAUCAGUGUUCGAUUUGUUCUCGAAACGCCCAGUAUUUGCGCCGCUCUUAUCUCGUUAUGUAGUUUCGUAAAUCAUCCAAAUAAUCGCAUUAUUUCAUCGUACUAGCGCUUAAUUUUGUUUCGUUGUACUCUAAAUUUUUUUUACAUGCUCACCUAUAUCUAGAAAUAGCCGGAAAACAAUUCGUACUUAAAUAAGUGAAUUUGAUACGAGAGAAAAAGUUACUUCCGAAUUGUACAUUGUAAAUUGAAGUUGUUCCUAAAAAAAAAACGUUUCUGGAAAACACCUAACGUAGUUGAAUGAAAUGAAAAUGGAUGUUGCUUAAAGGCGAAGAAAUAAAUCCAUUUGUCGAAUAAUUGUGAUAUAAAUCCAUUUCCCUUGCAACGUAGCGUAAUUAGUUACUUUAUCGUGCCUGUAAAAUUAUAACCAGAAUUUUAAACUUAAAAAUAACGUAUCGUAAUCUUGUUUAUUUUCGAAAUCGAAAGAUAGAGAUUUUUUGAUCUUUGUAGUAAAAUUUUUGUUCGGGUCUUCCGUUGCGUUGAUUGUUCACGGUGAUAUAAAUAAUCUUUAUCUUUCCUGGUAUUCUUUCCCGUUAGAAAAUAAUUUUUCGAAAAUAGGUUUGGAAAUUUUCUGUUAAAUAUUCGUUUUGCUGGACAGUUAAAAUAAUAUACUUGUACAGUUGAGAGUACAAAAUAGUUUUUUUUCAUAUAAAAUAUGACCAAUGUGUUAGUUGGGUAUAUUAUUAUUAUAGUUUGUAUCGUUUCCUUAGUGUAUUUUUCACAAUUAUAUUAAAUUCUGUGAUCGCACUGGUCUAUUAUAUUGUAUCGCAUUUUCCAUCACUAGUAUUGUACGAUUUUUGUUUAAAUUUCAAAGAAACAGUCAGGAUUUACUGAUCAAAAUUUUGACUAUAAUAAUUUUCGAAAUUAAUCGUUGGCCAAUUAUUUAUUUUGGUAGACCAGUGUUUAUUAAAAGAUUGUCGCUAAAAGCAUAAAUAGCACAUUCUAAUUUACUUAAUGUGUCCACUUCUCAUGAUACAGUGCCUAGGCAUUAAUUAUAUAUUUUUUAAACAUCCACAUUGUUAUUUAAAAAUAUUCGUUUCGAUUGUCUUGGUUCUAAUUAUAAAAUUUACACAAUUUACAUUUCUUUUUCUUCGAACGAUCCCUCUACACAAACCAGCGAAUUCAUACGUUUUUAAGCUUUAUUUACCUGAGAAAAAAUAUUCAACAAAAUUGAACAAUUUGGAGGUAAAUUGACAAGUUUGGUUAGUAAAUUUGUGAAAUACAAAAACUUAACAUAUAAUUCUUUGUCGCUUCAACAGCGUAAAUAGUCAUUUGAAAGGAAAUGAAACAUAAGAUAUACAAAUAAUAAUCUCAUUAGCGGAAGAUUGAUAAUUGGAAGAUAAAUUCUCGUUCGUACAAACACUAAUUAAAGAUAAUUCAUUAAUCAGCGUAUGAGUGCAACCAGUUUCAUUUCCUUUGAUUCGUAAAAAAAUAAAUUUCACGCCAAAUAUGCCAUAUUUCACAUUACAAAGUAAAAUUUUUUAAAAAAAAUAUAUAUAUAAUAUAUAUAUAUAUAGAAAUCGCAACUACAAAAAAUCGUCACCAUUCCAAUAUAACCACAUUAAGUCUACGUAAAGGCCGCAAAUUACAAUAAGUAACAUUUCACAUCGAAGAAUUUUUAAAUGCGCGUAACAUAACAUAUACAAGUCGCAACUUACAACGAAUUUCCACAACUCCUCUACUCCUUUUUAUCCCCGUAGAGCUUCUUCGAAUUCUCCACAAACUCCAUCAAAUCUCGAGACAUCGCGUAAGGUCGGCUCAUCCCGUCGUUAAGCAGACUGUCCUCGCAGAAACACAAAAACAGCGUAUCGAUAGUAGU